GGAGGGCCUGUGCGCAAAAAUCCGAUACUUCUCUAGUCUUAAGCAACAAAGCACUGGCUCACCUCCAAAACCCUAGAGCCGUCUCCAAUGGCGGACCUCCAAACCCUAGCAACGCCAGCCCCCGCCUCCGCCUCCUCCAAGAAGAAGCACUCCAAGAAGCGCAAGGCCAUCGACGUCACCGUCGACGCCUCCCUCGCAGGCGGCGCCGCCUCCGCCGCUGCCGCGGCCCCCGUGGUCGCCUACUUCCCCUCCGGCUACGACCCCCUCGCCGCCGCCGACGGGCCCCCGCGUGCGCGGCUCUUCCGCCGUGAGAGGCGCACCACCCACGUCGACCUCGUGGUCGGUAGCCCCGGUGGUGGCCCCGACUUCGUCGGCCGCAGCUACGCCGGCGAAGCAGCCACGCCGCAGCUCUGCAGCUACGCGCUCGGCGUCCUCGACAAGGCAUCCGGCACCCUCAAGGUCGUCCCCAUCGCCGCCAAUAAGAUUCUGAGGCUAGAGCCACAUCUUGAAAUGCAUAAACCAGCACAUUCACAGCACUCUGAGGUGGCAUCAGAAGUGGGUUCAGCUGUAGCAAAUGAUGAAAUGAAGGUACAAGAUCUUACCCAGAUGUAUGGCGCCAAGAAAGACAAGGAUACGGAUAAUAAGUGGAGGUCAUUAAAUGAACAAAGAAAUGACCCUUUUGCUUAUGAGAACCUUGACCUUGGAAAGACCAAUGCCAGUGAUAGCCAGGCACCAGAAAUUGUUCGGAACAUUCCACCUUAUGAUCCUACUGCAGAUAUGUCAGAAAAUGCAUAUCUUUUUGAUGAGAUUAUUCCAAAGAAUAUACGGCCACACCUGUUAGAAAUUGUGGGUCAUUUAGAAUCAGGAGAAUUUCCUUCAAAAGGCUAUGGGAGUUUUGUUUCAAAUCGUGUACAGAAGUUGCAUGAGCUUCAGGGUGAAGAUAAGGAUAGGCUUGCUUGGAUACUGUCCUAUAUCACAUAUCUCCUAUCUUUGUUGGCACGGAAUGGCUCCAUGUCCAAGCGUCACAGGAAGGACAGAAAGGAAAACCAGGGACCAACGACCCCACAUGCUGUAUAUCGUAAGCUGUUGCUGAUGUUUACUGAACCAGGAUCUAGUGCCUUGUCAACGGAGAAAAACGAGCUUCUGAUCAACUACAUCUUGGUCCUAACGCUUUUUGCCGAUGACUUCAGAUCUGAUCCUUCAGAUAUAUGUGCUGACCUGAAAAUGACCAGGCAGAUGCUUAAACCAUAUUUUGACCAGUUGGGAUGCAAAUCUGUGUCAACAGGUGCUUUUAAACCCACUUUCAUGACACUACCAGCCCCUCUCAAGUUCCCACAGGAAGUUACAAGGAGAAGGCGGCGACAGUAAUCAUCUAUGGAAGAGAACACAAUGGCAAUUACCUCAAGAAAGGGCUUACAUUACUUGAAUGUGGGUGUGAUCGGAAAAGGCCGUUCUGAAAUUGCACGGGUGGCAUGGUUUUUGAAAUGUACUGAAGUGAGGAAGAUAGUUGCUUCACUUUGUUUUCUUUGUCAGUUUUUUGUCAAAAAGGAAAAAUACUGUCUAUGUAUUGAUGGUUCUUUGCCUAUCAUAGUUCACUUAAAAUGCUACCUUUGUGUUAUCGUGUUUCUGUUAAUUCCAUCAUAAUAUUACACAUC